AUGAAAACAAAAAUCAAAACCUUUAUAAUAGAUAAUUUUAAAUAUAAGAUAUCAAAAGACCAGGUGAUAAAAAUGAUAAAGAGUGAAAGUGUAUCCAUUAAAACAUACAAUGGCUUUGUAUUCAAGAUACUAUUAAAAUACAAAUAUUCGUUUGGAAUAUCUGGAGAACCGAGGAUAUUGAGCACUAAUACUUUCUUAGAUAAAGAAUUUCUUUUUGAAGACCUGUUCCUAGUAAAUGGUAGAAAACAAGAAGGAAUCCUAAGGGGAGAAGAAAUCCUGUUUGAAAAGCAAGGAAUCCCAACAGAGUAUUAUACCAGUACAAUGCACUUAUCAUACAGAUUUCUUGGUAGAAUGAUAGCAAAAGACGAAGUGAAAGAAAGAUUCAGGGAAUGCUCUAUUGGAUUGGGACUAAGUAAUGAUGUUGAAAAGGAAUGUGCUGAACACUUGAAAAAAGGAUUACAAAUAUACAUCCAAAAAAUAGUGAAUAGAUGUAAUAGAAAAAUAACAAUUACUGGUCUUAAGGCUGGCCUAGAGAAACAUAUACGUUUGUUCAAUGGAUUGGACAUGUUUUAG